UCACACUGCUGUUGCAAAGUGCAAACAUACCGACUCGACCGCUACGUUCGAUCUGGUCAGUAUGAUGCCCUGUUCCAGGUGCACCAUCCAGUGCAAAUUGUUGGAACAACGUUUACGUGUUGCUGCAAUAGUACCCGUCAUAUAUCUCUUAAAUUCCAUUAAUUUUGCUUGGGAAGGAAAAUGCAACGUGCGAUGCUAAAUUGGAACGGCGUUCCUACCCAUGUAAUCACGGAAGGACACUGGGUAGAGGAAGGUCUUUCGCAGUACGGCAUAAAGGACAUUGCGAUUGUCAUUACUGGUAAUCCAGGCAUUCCAGAAUUUUACGAGGGAUUUAUAAAGACUUUACGAACAAGACUUUCCAUCGAAACGCUUAUUUGGGUAGUCGGGCACGCGGGACACGUACAACCACCGAAUAAUUUGUUGGCUACCAUGCCGAACGAUUCGACCUGGAACGAACAUUACAGUUUGAUCGCGCAAUUGGAGCACAAGAAAGAGUUUAUAAAGAAGUACGCGCCAGAGGAUGCGAAGUUACAUCUUAUCGGCCAUUCGAUAGGAUGUUGGAUAAUUCUGAACAUGUUGAAAGAUGUAUUGAUUUCUAGAAGAGUAGCAAAAUGUUACUUGCUGUUUCCAACCAUAGAGAAUAUAGCUGAAACCCGUAACGGAUGGUUUUUCACUAGAGUAGUAUCGCGUAUUGCAAGUAUUUUAAUCUUUCUCUCUUGGACACUCUCGUGUCUGCCACACUUUUUACAAGCAUUUCUAAUUAGCAUUUAUUCGCUAUUAAAUGGCAUUCCUGCAAAGUAUAACAAAGCGAUACAACAGCUAUUGAACCCUCGUAGCUUGAGAAAUGUUAUCAAAAUGGCAGACGAGGAAAUGGAGAUCGUAAAGGAACGAGACGAUGAAUUACUUUCGAAACAUGCUGACAAACUGUGGUUUUAUUAUGGUAAUUGCGAUGGCUGGGCUCCAGUGAGACAUUACGAAAAUAUGAAGCUUGCGCAUCCAAAUGUGAACGCAGAACUCUGUAAACGUGGCUACCAUCAUUGUUUUGUUUUACAGUACGACAAAGAAAUGGGUAAAAUCGUUGGAGAUUUAAUUAACGAAAGUAUAUCAUAAUUCUAUUAAAAAAAUGAUAAAUUACUGUCAAAAUUUGAAAAUCUUUAAUAUAAUUGAUUGCAUUUGUUGGUUAUGUUAAUAUCUAUUUUAACAAAAAUUAAAG